AUGUGUGUGCAAUUAUCAGUGGAUGGAGCAAAAAGAAAUGCGUUAGUUAUUAAAUCAGGGGUGGAUGCAUGGCUGAAAAAGGUUGAUGAUUUAAAGAAAGAAGCUGAUGAAGUUUUGAACAGCACAACAAAUUCUGAAAUGCGAUGCCUAUACCUUAGGUGUCCAAAUUUGAAGACCCAUUACUUGCUAAGCAGGAAUGCCACAAAGAAGACUACGGCAAUUGCUGAGCUCCAAGAAGAAGGUAAAUUUGAUGAGGUGGGUGUGCAUGCACCACUAAAGUUGCUGUCUUUCCAUGGAUCUAAGGCUUUGAAGACAAGGAUAUCAACUAAGAAGAAAAUCAUAAAAGCUCUAGAGGAUACUGAUAUCAGCAUAGUUGGGAUAUGUGGCCUGCCUGGGGUAGGUAAGACGACAAUGGCACAGGAAGUAAUGACUCAAGUCAAAGGUGGAUUAUUUGAUGAGGUUGCCAUGGUAGUCGUUUCUAAUGAUGUAGGCAUAAUAAGAAUUCAGGAUAAGCUUGCUGAUAUGCUCGGUUUGAAAAUUGAUGAAAAUGCAAAUGAAAUUGCUAGAGCUGCUCGACUUGCUGAAAGACUUACCUAUGAUAAGAAAAAGAGAAUUCUAGUAAUAUUAGAUGACGUAUGGACAGAUAUUGAUUUGGAGAAAUUAGGAAUUCCUUCAUUAAAUCGUCCUGAGGGGUUGAAAAUUCUAUUGACAUCACGCUUUGAAUAUGUCUGCAUACUGAUGGGAGCUCGAAGGAACAUUGAAGUUGGAGUUUUGCCUGGAAAAGAAGCUUUCUCUCUUUUUCAAGAUGUGGCUGAGAUUUCAAAGAUUUCUAAUGAACUGAAUGACAUAGCAAAACAAGUUGCAGAGGAGUGUAAAGGUUUACCUCUUGCACUUGAGGUUGUCGGCAAAACUCUAAGAAACAGUUUUAGGGAGGAAGAGGUCAAAUUGCAUGAUGUUAUCAGAGAUUUUUGUUUAUCGAUUGCAUCUAAAGGUGAAUAUAGGUAUAUGGUGAAACAUGAUAUAAGGACAGAGUGGCCAGAGCAUGAUAACCAUGAUUCCUACGGUGCCAUCUCAUUAACAUUUCAAGGGAGGGUUUUGCUACCCAGUAGGUUACAGUAUGGGAACCUCGAGUUCUUACGGGUGCGACCUUAUUGGACUGGAAUUGGAAGGAAAAUUGACAUACCUGGAGGAUUUUUCGAUUAUAUGCAGGAACUUAAAGUUAUUGAUUUCUCUAAUGUUCAAAUUCGAUCACCGAACCGACAGCCGCCAGGUCUUCGAACCCUGUGCUUGAACUACUGUACUUUAGAGAUUGAAAUAUCAUCCUUUGGAAGUCUAAACAAGUUGGAAAUUCUCACCUUUUAUCAAUCUUCUCUCUCUAUUGAUUUUCUCCAUAAUGAAAUGGUAGAACUUGGCAACCUAAGGUUACUGGAUUUGAGGUUCACGGAAGGUCCCCGUCCACCUCCCCCUGGUUUUUUGUUUGGUAUGAAGAAACUGGAAGAGUUGUACUUGGGACGUUACUUCGGCAUAAGCUAUGAAGUAAAAGAGCACGUCAUCAAAGAGUUAAGUUCAUUGAAAGAUAUCAACACUCUUCAGAUUAAUACAGAUGAUACUCGAUUUCUGACGCAAUUAUUACAAGGGUGCUCUGAGAAGCUUGAGAAGCUGGAAAGAUUUCAAAUCUGCAAAAAUAAGGGUUAUCUUUUUGAUCAUUUUCGAAGGGAAUUGCAGCUCCACGAAAUUGACCCAAACAUGCUUUUGGAACCCGAAAUUAAGUCAUUAAUGAGAAGGUGUGACAAACUUUCUCUGGAAGUGAAAGGCUGGAACAAUCCUAUCAUUGAAUUAGUUGAAGAUGGUUUCAGUAACUUGAAGAGUCUGAGGCUAUUCUUUUUGGAUUCUGAGUAUCUUACUGAUGCUGUGGGCUCCAUUCCAAGUGGCAUCUUCCGCAAUUUGGAACUUAUGUAUUUGUUUGGUAUGGAUUAUCUGAAAGAGAUGCACAAUGGAAAUCUUCCAAGGAUGGAACAUGUGACAAGGGGUGUCUUGGAACCUGCAGUACUGUUCUGCAACCUCAAACAAAUUUUAGUAACUAAUUGUGCUAAAAUUAAAAGAAUGUUUCCUGAGUCAGUUGCAAAAUGCAUGGUUAAUCUCCAAACACUUUUUAUAUCGUCAUGUCCGUCGUUAGAAGAAGUUGUUUCAAUGGACAUGCAAGAAAAUGAAAUUACCGAACCGCCUUUGUUCCCAAAGCUGAAAAGAGUCGAGCUUCGUGAUUUGAGUAGCUUUGUAAGCUUCAGAUCUCAACCAAAUGCAGUUGGUCUUCGUCAACCAUUGCUCAACCAGUUAUAUAUCAUCUCAACUCAUCUAGUCCUUGUUAUUGUUGAUCUGUUGAUUAAGUUUUAUGAUGAGAACUUUGGUUGA